UUCUUCCCCGGUUUCAGAAAGCCCCGCUACAAUGACCGACACAACAGACGAUAUUGCAGAGGAAAUCUCGUUCCAGUCCUUCGACGAUGACUGCAAAUUGCUCGGCAGCCUCCUCAACGACGUCCUACAGCGAGAGGUCGGCCAGAAAUUCAUGGAGAAGGUCGAACGAAACCGAGUCCUCGCGCAGAGCGCUUGUAAUAUGCGAAUGGCGGGAAUUGAGGACACUGCUGAAUUGCUCGACAAGCAGCUGGCUUCGGAAAUAUCGAAGAUGACACUUGAGGAAGCCUUGACACUGGCUCGCGCCUUCAGUCAUUACCUCAACCUCAUGGGAAUUGCAGAGACCCAUCACAGGGUUCGUAAGGCACGCAACAUAAACCAUUUAUCGAAAUCUUGUGAUGACAUAUUCAAUAAGUUGAUACAAGGUGGAGUUCCACCAGAGGAGCUUUACAACACUGUCUGUAAGCAGGAGGUUGAGAUUGUUCUAACUGCACAUCCUACGCAAAUUAACAGGCGUACCCUGCAAUAUAAGCAUAUCAGAAUCGCUCAUCUUCUGGAGUUCAACGAUCGACCUGAUCUUAGCCAUGAAGACAGAGAGAUGCUGAUUGAAGAUCUGGUGAGAGAGAUAACUUCAAUAUGGCAGACAGAUGAGUUGAGACGCCACAAGCCUACUCCAGUGGAUGAAGCUAGGGCUGGUCUGCACAUCGUGGAGCAGUCCCUUUGGAAAGCCGUGCCUCAUUAUUUACGCCGUGUUAGCACUGCUCUAAAAAAGCAUACUGGACGGUCACUUCCAUUGACUGCGACACCAUUGAAGUUUGGCUCUUGGAUGGGAGGCGAUAGAGACGGGAAUCCUAAUGUAACAGCAAAAGUCACGAGGGAUGUUUCUCUUUUAUCACGGUGGAUGGCGAUUGAUCUUUAUACUCGAGAAGUUGAAAAUCUUAGGUUUGAACUUUCCAUGAGUAGGUGCAAUGCUAAGAUGGAAAGACUUGCACAUGAAAUUCUACUUAAAGAAACUGCAUCAGAGGAUGAGCAUCAUGAGAGUUGGAACCAGCAACUCAACAGGAACCAUCCAAAGCAUUACACCCAACAAACUUCAGCAUUGCCGACCCAACUUCCAGCUGGUGCAGAUUUGCCUUCAUGCACGGAAUGCAACGACGGAGAAUCUAAAUAUCCCAUACUUCAAUUCCCUGGCACUGAUCACAUGGCGCAUAAUCAUCAGGAUGUUCAAAGUUCGAGUUCAGUGUCUUCAUUCCAAGAUUCUGCUGAAAUUUCCCGCAAAAUAUUUGAAAAUGGAAAUGCAUCUAGCACCAAUUCUCUACCUCCCAUCAAUCUUCAUUCAGCUGCAGGAGGAUCCUCAUCAGCACCAAGUACCCCUAGGUCUUUUAUGUCUAGUCAGCUUGUUGCUCAACGGAAACUAUUAACAGAUUCCCAAAUGGGGAAAUCCAGUUUCGAGAAGCUUCUAGAGCCAAGCCUGCCUCAACGUCCUGGAAUCGCUCCAUAUAGAAUUGUUCUUGGGAAUGUAAAAGACAAGCUUCUGAAGACACGGAGACGGCUGGAACUGCUCCUGGAGGAUCUUCCUUGUGACCAUGAUACACUCGAUUAUUAUGAAACAUCAGAACAACUUCUGGAACCACUGCUUUUAUGCUAUGAAUCCCUGCAAUCAUGUGGGUCUGGCAUCCUUGCUGAUGGGCGGCUUGCGGAUCUGAUCCGAAGGGUUGCUACUUUUGGCAUGAUACUAAUGAAGCUUGAUUUGCGUCAGGAGUCUGGAAGGCAUGCUGAAGCGCUGGAUGCAAUUACCACAUACUUAGAUAUUGGUGUAUAUAGUGAGUGGGAUGAGGAAAGAAAACUGGAAUUUUUAACUAGAGAACUCAAAGGCAAGAGACCACUUGUUCCUCCAACCAUAGAGGUUGUGGCGGAUGUGAAAGAGGUCCUGGACACCUUCCGUGUUGCUGCCGAACUAGGAAGCGAUUCACUUGGAGCGUAUGUUAUUUCCAUGGCUUCAAACGCAAGUGAUGUUCUUGCUGUGGAGCUGUUACAGAAAGAUGCCCGACUCUCUGUCAGUGGGGAGAUAGGGAGACCGUGUCCUGGUGGAACGUUGCGAGUGGUUCCAUUAUUUGAAACGGUGAAAGAUUUGAGAGAAGCUGGUUCGGUGAUCCGGAAGUUGUUAUCCAUUGACUGGUAUCGGGAGCAUAUCAUAAAAAACCACAAUGGACAUCAAGAGGUCAUGGUUGGGUAUUCUGAUUCGGGUAAAGAUGCUGGACGCUUUACUGCAGCAUGGGAACUGUACAAAGCCCAAGAGGAUGUUGUGGCUGCCUGCAAUGAGUUUGGCAUUAAAGUUACACUGUUCCAUGGGCGUGGGGGUAGUAUUGGACGUGGUGGCGGGCCCACUUAUCUUGCUAUACAGUCCCAACCUCCUGGUUCUGUAAUGGGGACACUCAGAUCAACCGAGCAAGGCGAGAUGGUGCAGGCGAAGUUCGGGCUUCCCCAGACAGCGGUCCGGCAGCUAGAGAUCUACACUACAGCAGUGCUACUUGCGACAUUACGCCCCCCACUCCCGCCCAGAGAGGAGAAAUGGCGUAACGUCAUGGAGGAGAUUUCGAACAUUAGCCGCGACCACUACAGGAGCACCGUCUAUGACAACCCAGACUUCAUAAGCUACUUCAACGAGGCAACCCCGCAGGCUGAGCUCGGCUUUCUCAACAUCGGGAGCAGACCCGCUAGACGUAAGGCCUCAACAGCCAUCGACCACCUCCGCGCUAUACCUUGGGUAUUUGCAUGGACCCAGACGCGCUUUGUGCUCCCCGCAUGGCUUGGCGUGGGCGCUGGCCUCAAGGGUGCGUGUGAGAAAGGAUACAAGGAAGACUUGCAAGCAAUGUACAAGGAGUGGCCAUUCUUCCAAUCCACCAUAGACCUCAUUGAGAUGGUUCUUGGAAAGGCUGAUAUUCCCAUAGCAAAGCACUACGACGAAAUGCUAGUGUCCGAGUCCCGGAGAGGGCUUGGCGCGCAGCUAAGGAACGAUCUUUUGACGACAGAGAAGUGUGUGUUGGUGGUGAGUGGGCACGAAAAGCUGUCAGAGAACAAUAGGAGCUUGAGGCGGCUGAUUGAGAGCAGGCUUCCAUAUCUUAAUCCGAUAAACAUGUUGCAGGUGGAGAUUCUGAGGAGAUUGAGGUGUGACGAUGACAACCAUAAGCUUAGAGAUGCACUGCUUAUUACUAUUAAUGGGAUUGCAGCAGGCAUGAGGAACACAGGUUGAUGUUGUAAGACAAGUGCAAAAGAAAGAUCAUGCAGAAUAUAUUAGAAGGGUGAAAAAUCAAUGUGUGGAUUUGUGUUUGAAACUUAAAGAACUGUUCAACUAAGAUUUUCAUAGGAUGCAUAAAAGGUUAUAUAUGUAAUGAGUUGAUGGUGGUUUGAUCA